CCGUCCAAAUCAUUCUCGGCUGUCUUUCCUCUGUUUCUCGGGAAAACAAACAAAACCACCAAAACAAACAAAACCCCCCGAACUGUUACGCGUCCUUCCUAAAGUACUCCAUGUCGCCCCCCCACCCCACCACUCCUUUCUCUAUUUGUUUCUCCGAAUCCCUUUUAUCAAAAACUCAAUCUUUUUAGAGAAUCAUCCUUUGCUCACUGUUUCCCUUUCUCUCUCUGCUCUGUUUCAUGGGUGCCAGUUUCUCUGUUUUGUUCUUAGGGCCAAUAGGAUUAAAUGGUUCUAACGGGUCUAGUGGGUCUUCGUCUUUGCAACCAAAACCCAGUUUGGGGGACUUACCAGAGAGCUGCGUGGCUCUGCUUCUGGUCUACUUGGACCCGCCUGAGAUUUGCAAAUUGGCGAGGCUGAAUCGGGCUUUCCGCGGGGCUUCCUUGGCAGAUUUUGUGUGGGAAUCGAAGUUGCCGUCGAAUUAUGAAGUUCUUGUGCGGGAAGUGUUGGGUGAGUUGCCGGAGAAUUUGGGUAAGCGAGAGAUUUAUGCGAGGCUUUGUCGGGCUAAUAGUUUGGAUGGCGGUACUAAGAAAGUUUGGCUGCAUAAGAGCACGGGUGAUGUCUGUAUGUCUAUUGCUUCAAAGGGGUUAGCGAUCACAGGGAUUGAUGAUCGAAGAUAUUGGAAUCACAUCCCAACUGAUGAAUCUAGAUUCUGCAGUGUUGCUUACCUCCAGCAAAUUUGGUGGUUUGAAGUUGAUGGGGAGGUAGAGUUCCCAUUUCCAAUGGGCACAUAUAGCUUAUUCUUCAGGCUGCAGCUGGGACGGGCAUCCAAGAGGUUUGGUCGCCAAAUCUGUAAUACCGAGCAUGUUCAUGGAUGGGAUAUAAAGCCGGUGCAGUUUCAGCUAUGGACUUCAGAUGGCCAGCAUGCUGCAUCAAAGUGCUUUCUUAGUGUAUCCGGAAAAUGGAACUACUACCACGUUGGGGAUUUUGUUGUUGAUAACUCCAAUUUAGCCACCAAAAUUAAAUUCUCUAUGACCCAGAUUGAUUGCACACAUACAAAAGGUGGUCUCUGUUUAGACUCUGUACUUAUAUACCCAAGUGAAUUUAAAGAGAGGUUAAAGCGUUUUUGAUUUGCAGUUAGCUUCUGUAGGUAGGAAGUUGUGUAUUAUAAAAGGUAGAGAGAGUUCUACUAAUAUUAGAUGGUUUUUCUAAGCCUAGAUUUUGUAUGUAACCCAGGCCAUGUGUUUUUUUAUGUGUUCUAUUGGUUUGGUCGAAAGUGUUGAGAUGUGCUCUGAAAUUUCUCGAAAGGGGUUCUUGUAUUAGAAUUUUGGGUAAUCGAUAGUCGACAUUGGAGUGUUGUAAAAGCAACUAAUUUGUAACUUCUUCUCUCCUUGACCUUUUGCAGCAUUUUAUUUGUUCA